AUGGGCAUAAACCCCAGCAAAGAAUCUGCAGUUUUACAGAACCACCGCGGCCAUAAAUCCACGAGGCAACGGGUGGCCUCCCCUUCUGUGAGACCGGCUCGCAGCACAAGGCCACUUGGGGAGAAAGCUCCUUGGCCCCUGACAGGCACAGCUGAGCUCUCUGUGCGCGAGAGCCUGCUGGGGGGAGAGGACGCCGCCGCCGCCGCCGCCGCCGCGUCUGGCUCGUGGUCCAGAGAGCUCAGGAUGGCCGGCGCUGACUGGCAGCAGCGGCGGGGGGCCCCGGCAGAGAAGGGUCGCUGGCCCUUCGGCCUGCCGGGCGAGGCCUCUCCCUUCCCCGAGCAGCGCAGCGCGCAGGAAGGAGCCCCUGCCUGGGAGGACCCAGCUCUGGAGAGGCGGGAGGGAGAGAGGGAGGGCGCUGGGGCCCGCCAGGCGGGCUGCCCUUGGCGCUGCCUGAGCCCUCGCCGCCAUCUUGCCCAGGGUCCCGUCACGGUGAGCGAGCCGGCUCAGCCCGAGAGCCGAGGGAGCGGAGCGGGAGAGAGAGUCUCAGGCACCGCUGGUGCCUCCUCACCGCAAGCGGGUCCCCCGGCGACCGUCUCUAGCUCUGCCACCUGCCGUUCCGUCCGGUCCGGCACCCGCGAGGUCGCCAUCGCCGCUUCCCUCAGCCGGCGCAGGGAUUCUCUGGCCGGACCCCGCAGCUACCGUCAUCGGUUCUGCCGGGACUUCUUCUUCCGAGGGGCGCUUCAGCGGGAAAGCGGGAGUCGGCGGCGGCGGAGCUGCUGCACAUUUAGUCGACUUGGUACUGGCGGCCAUCUGCCCAGAGAAGCCCAGCCACCCCAGGGCUUGAAGGUGAAACGGUUGCCGGAUUUGUCUGAAGAAGAUCUCCUGGAGAGAAGGUCCAGCUGCCACUUCGCCCUACUCAUGGGGGAAACCUCUCUGCAAGUUCAGCACACACCUCACCGAGGAGGAGGGCCGGGGCCCUUGACUACCUCAGCACAGAGGAGGCGGGGCUGAGAGGGAGGACCUCACAGAGGACGCUGUAGCCAAGCAGAGCAUCCGCGGGUCGAGCAGCACCUGAGCAGGCAUGAUCCCCACAAGCUUUUGGAACUUCGAGACAGGCAGCCCUUCGCCGCAACAGGCUUUUCUCUCCUGCGCGCCCCAUGAUUGUUUUUGAGAUGAUCUAUUUUCAAGUGAGCUUUUGGGGCUGAACUUUUAUGCUGCUUUUUAUUUAUGUAUUUAUAGAUAGUUAUUUUGUUUGCAGUGAUUUGUAUACUGCCUCAAAUCUACAGAGAAGAGCAGGAUAAACAUCUUGUCAAUUAAAAAUGAAAUAAGUUACGAUC